UAUCAGCAAGAGGUCGUUUCCGAGAUUGCGCCCCGACGUCGUUCGACGGCGGCUCUCUUCCUCCGUUGCCCGCAGCAUUUGUUGGGCCAAUUUGUCAGAAUCGAGUCCCGCCCGAGAACGAGAAGACGAGGCGCGACCUUCUGAUGCUCCGCCGAGGGAUUUGAAGCGUAUCCUCGGGACUCCGCCCUUCUUUGCCCAUCUCAAGAAGCCUUGGGACCACUCGUUGGACGACAGAGUCCUUGGCCGCCUCUUCCCUCAAUCCCCUGCAUGACGAGGGUCCACCAAGAUGGGUGCCCUUUGUUGCAAAGCAGAGGUCAUUGAUUUCGAUGGGCCGGUGGACCUCUACCACUUCUACCUCUUGCGGGCGGUGGGGAAAGGUGCCUUCGGAAAAGUGCGAGUGGUGCAGCACAAACAGACCAAGGCUCUGUAUGCGCUCAAAUACAUCAACAAGGCGAAAUGCGUGAAGAUGCGGGCAGUAUCCAACAUCAUCCAGGAGAGAAGGCUUCUCGAGGAGAUCGAGUCCAACUUCAUCUGUAAUCUCAGAUAUGCAUUCCAAGACGACGAGAACCUCUUCAUGGUACUAGACCUGAUGUUAGGUGGCGACUUGCGAUUUCACCUCGAUCGGAGCGGCAACAUGAAGGAGGACGUCGUACGCUUCUACGUCGCCGAGCUAGCCAUUGGUCUCGACUAUCUCCACAAGCUACAGAUCGUCCACCGGGACUUGAAACCCGACAACGUUCUCCUCGACGAAAAGGGCCACGCCCAUCUCACUGACUUUAACAUCGCCGUCCAUUUUUCCCAUCGGAGACCGCUGACGAGUGUGGCGGGCAGUAUGGCUUACAUGGCUCCCGAAGUGCUCGCCAAGCGCGGUUAUCUCUCCAGCGUCGACUGGUGGUCACUGGGCGUCAUGACCUACGAGCUCCUCUUCGGGCGGCGGCCCUUCCGAGGCCGGACAAAUUCGGGCCUAACGAACUCUAUCCUGUUCGACAAGUGCAGCUUUCCCGAAAAUGUGGGCACAAUCGUGUCGCAGCAGGCCACCAGCUGCAUUCGGGGCCUGCUAGAGAGAGAUACGAAGAAGAGAUUGGGCUGCAAGGCGGGGAUAGACGACUUCAAGGCCCAUCCGUGGUUUGCUGGUAUGGACUGGCAGGCCCUUGAGAACAAAGAGGUGACGCCGCCGUUUGAGCCAGACAACAAAAAGGCAAACUUCGACGCCACCCACGAGCUCGAGGAGCUGCUGCUCGAGGACAAUCCGCUCAAGGCAAAGAAGCGAGACGAGCGGCGGGACAUUGCCACCCUGACGCCGGAGUUGCGGCAAAUGGAGGAGCACUUCCUUCCAUUUGAUCAUCUUAAACAGGUUCGGAAAUCGUACUUUAGACACAGCCGGCGGGAUCGAGCCCAACGGCAGGGGGAUCGAGGGGAUCGCGACGACGGCGAAAGCAUGUCGCAGGCGUCGAGCAUCGCUUACACGCUGGCAGACCAGCCGCUGGCCGAGAUGGGUCAGGGCGGCGGUGGCACAUCACGCGGAGCCGGUGUCGGGACAGGUGUUGCCAGCGCCACUUCGUCGUUCAAGGGCACGCCCAUCAAUGGACAUGGGCCAGGGUCAGGUACCUUUGCUGGGCCGUCCAGCAGUUUUGCAGGCCGACCAAGUAUGGGCGAUGCCGUGUACGGUGGAAAUAGCGGAGCGCCCUCACCGGCGGCGCACGAGAAUGGAACGUGGGACAAGGGCUUCAUCAAUGGCAGCAUGCAUCAAACGGCCGCUUCGGGGCCAGCCUCGGCAUCGACGUCGGCUGCGCCGGCACCUUCUGGCUAUACGCGGAGGGGCGAUCCCAAUGGUGCCUCUCCCGUCGGACACGGUCCAAGCGCAUCGCAGGAGUAUAUGCGCGCUUACAAGGCUCAGUUCCAGCAGAACGAUCUCCCAAAGACGACGUCGGCUGGUGCAUUGUCCGGAGCCGGCCCUGGGCUGGCGCCGUCGGCAAAAGACUCAUAUCCGAUGCAAACGAUGAAUGAAAAUGGCGGUGGGACUGCCUUCUGAAUGGUCCCUUCCCCUGCCAAUCCCCCUCCACGCCUCCCACAUCGCUUCCCCUUCUCACGAGACGACGUUUACUCUGAUACCCGCCCUCUCUCCUCUCCCUUGACACAUUUACCCAAGUCGCUCGGUGACACUCAAUCCUUGGAGCGCAUCGUCUCUCCCCCCGUGACAGGACCCAGUAUCGACAAAAGCACCUCUCGCUUCUUUUCCGCUCUCAUUUUCAACCUUUCCCCCAUUCGUAUGACCAUACACACAUACACACACAUUAUAUCUUUCUCUUUUGCUCUCUCUCUGUCUUUCUUCAUGCGUCAACAACAAGCCCUAUUUUGCGUGUCUUUUCUUU